CUCAAACUCUGUCCGCAGCCGGACGUCUCCUCGGCGCGUUUGGAGGCCUAGGCCUGUGGACCGGCCGAGGUCUACGAUGAGCCAAGUUCUGUUCCAGCAAAUCGUCCCCUUGCAGGUGAAAUGCAAAGACUGCGAGGAGAGGAGAAUGAGUGUGAGAGUGAGCAUUGAGCUGCAAUCAGUUUCUAAUCCAGUUCAUAGAAAGGAUUUAGUUAUUCGACUGACUGAUGAUACAGAUCCAUUUUUCCUUUAUAAUCUUGUUAUAUCUGAAGAUGAUUUUCAAAGUUUAAAAUUCCAACAAGGUCUUCUGGUAGACUUCUUAGCUUUCCCACAAAAGUUUAUAGAUCUUCUUCAACAAUGUACUCAAGAACAUGCCAAAGAAAUUCCAAGGUUUUUGCUGCAGUUAGUUUCUCCAGCAGCUAUUUUGGAUAACUCAGCUGUAUUUUUAAAUGUGGUAGAGACAAAUCCUUUUAAACAUCUUACACACCUGUCACUAAAACUCUUACCUGGAAAUGAUGUAGAGAUAAAGAAGUUUCUAGCAUGCUGUUUGAAAUGUAGCAAGGAAGAAAAAUUAUCAUUGGCACAAUCAUUAGACGAUGUUACUAGGCAACUGAACUCAACACAAAAGACAUUGUCAGAAAAAAUACAAGAAUUAGAGAAGUUACGGAAUGAAUGGGCCUCACACACGGCGUCAUUGACAAAUAAGCAUUCUCAGGAACUGACGAAUGAGAAGGAAAAAGCCUUACAGGCACAGGUUCAAUAUCAACAGCAGCAUGAACAGCAGAAAAAAGAUUUAGAAAUCCUCCAUCAACAAAACGUCCACCAGCUACAGAACAGAUUAUCUGACUUAGAAGCAGCUAAUAAAGAGUUAACUGAAAGGAAAUAUAAAGGAGACUCUACUGUUAGAGAACUUAAAGCAAAGCUUUCUGCUGUUGAAGAGGAGCUGCAACGAACUAAGCAAGAAGUUCUCUCUUUGCGAAGAGAGAAUUCUACCCUAGAUGCUGAAUGCCAUGAAAAAGAAAAGCAUAUUAAUCAGCUGCAAACAAAAGUGGCAGUUUUAGAGCAGGAAAUCAAGGAUAAAGACCAACUUGUUUUAAGAACAAAAGAGGCAUUUGACACAAUGCAGGAACAAAAGGUGGCCUUAGAAGAAAGUGGUGAGAAAAAUCAGGUACAGCUGGGAAAACUUGAAGCUACAAUAAAAUCACUGUCAACAGAACUUCUGAAGGCAAAUGAGAUUAUUAAGAAGUUACAAGGGGAUCUGAAAACUCUAAUGGGUAAGUUGAAACUGAAGAAUACAGUUACUAUUCAGCAAGAAAAACUCUUGGCUGAGAAGGAGGAAAAAUUACAAAAGGAACAGAAGGAAUUACAAGAUGUUGGACAAUCUCUCCGAGUUAAAGAGCAAGAGGUAUGCAAAUUACAAGAACAAUUAGAAGCUACAGUUCAAAAACUUGAAGAAAGUAAGCAGCUUUUAAAAAAUAAUGAAAAAUUAAUCACAUGGUUAAAUAAAGAGCUAAAUGAAAAUCAGCUAGUGAGAAAGCCAGAUGUAUCAGGACCUUCCACCACUCCAUCUGCACAUGCCAGCAGCAGCACAAUCAGAAGUGGAAUUUCCCCUAAUGUGAAUGUGGUUGAUAGUAGACUGAAUUAUCCUGGCUGUGGUAUUGGUUAUCCUGUCUCCUCUGCAUUUGCAUUCCAGAAUACCUUUCCUCAUCCCAUAGCUACCAAAAACACCAUCCACCCAGUUUCAGGACCAAAGGUUCAGUUUAACUUGCAGUUUACAAAACCAGAUGCUCAGUCAGGAACAACUAGUACCAUGCCUGGCUCAACAGAUAAGGAAAAUGGUGAAAAUUUAGGGCUGGAAUCUAAAUACUUGAAGAAAAGAGAAGAUAGCAUUCCUUUACGUGGACUCAGCCAGAAUCUACUUAGUAAUGCAGAACAUCAGAAAGAUGGCACAUUAGGGGCAUUACAGACGUCUUCUAAACCCACGGUGCUCCCCUCCACAUCUGCCUAUUUUCCUGGGCAGUUACCCAGCAGUUAAUCCUGGCCUCACCGGCUGUUUUGUACUGACACUUCAGAAACUCAGGUGGUUUAAAAAUUAUGUUUAACCUAAGUCAAAUCUUAACUAAGCAAGUUUCAAAUUUUACUUGAGCUACCUACUGUUUGGCCAACAUAUAAUUCUGCUGCUGUUAUGGCAGCUAUUUUAUCGCCACAAAUUUGUACUUGGGAUUGGCAUAGAUUCUAAGUCAAUACUUUUAUUUUUAUUUUUUUGGUUUGUGAACAUGUUCUAUAAAGUAAUAUGAAUUUUAUUAAGUUUUCAGAAAUUAAGUUCUAAGAAAGGAAUUGUUAUAAUUGACAUUCUAAUCAUAUUACAAAAUUGAGUUAAUUGAAUCUGGCCAGAGAGUAUGAGAGGAAGAACUGAUAUUUAUGUGAAAGGAAAAUACUUUGAAAUGAGUAAAAUAAAGUUUUCACCAUCACAAACAAAAAUGACUUUUUUUCAAAAACAGUUAAAUUAGCUAUUGUCUAUAAAAUAUAUAAAUUUUUUUUUCCUUUUUGUUAGUACUGGGGCUUGAACU